AUGUAUUACAUGCUACAAAGGAGAUACAUCAAUGAAAUCAUUCAAUAUACACCACAAGAAACGCUUGAAACAUUAACAAGAGUCAGUCGACGCUUCGGAGAAGCACCAAAUACAUUGACUAAGUUAAACUGUCUGAGCGGGAAAGAGUGGAACACUUCACACUUCAUGUUGAGUGCAGUUGAUCACCUCACCAUUGUUAAAUACAGAGAGUUCUUAAAGAACAAACCUAACAAACACAUCACAUCACUUACAUUUUACGCAUUGGAGUUAUACACUACUAAUGAACUUUUGAUGGUCUGUGUGCCUCAGAAUAUCGUCAAAUUGAUAUUACACUACAACGAGUCAGUAGCCCCGAUCUUGUUGAAUGAUUUAAGGUUUUUCACAGCACUGAAGUAUCUUGCAAUCAAUAAAUAUGAGGAAGAGACUCAAUACAGCAAUACAACACUUGUCAAGACACUGAGAACGUUCAGAACAAAGGAAAAAGCGGCGCAGUUUAUCGGGCAAUGCUACAAACUGAAAGACGUUGAGACAAGACACAACGACUUACUUGAGAACUUAGAAGCAUUGAAAUCUGUUAUUACAUUCCGUCUUCAUAUGGACCAAAUGAUGUUCAAAGAGGAAAGGAAAUAUUCAUUCCUCUUUAUUAAGCGGAUGAGUAAAUUGAAAGAGUUGAUAAUCAGUGAUGAUUUAAUACAGGGAGGUUACUUUAUGUUUGACACGUCGGUGUUGGACAGUAUUUCAAAUAACGUUCAAGUGACACUUAACUUGGAACAUGUUGUAGUUCCCUUCAACUCGUACGUUGAUAUUAACACCGACUACUAUACACUAUUCAUUCAGAAACAAUGCACAGUAUUGUUACUUAACAACAAAAACAUCAAUAAGAAAAGCAUUUUACAAAACACAGUAAAAGCUGUUGUGCAGGGCAAUAAUACGAAUGAUGCCAUAAGUUCCGAGCGUCGUGGUGAAGAAGGAAAGAAGAAGAGUAUUUUUAUUAAACAAGUUGAAGUGUGUCGGAGUGAGGUGAGUUGUUUGACAACUUUACUUUCGAACGUAGAGUGCGAGGAAAUGAAGUUUUUCAGGUGUAAAGUUGACAAAAACAUCGAACAAACGAUUUUUGAGAGCCUUCGGUGUGUCUCAUUCAAACGAGUGUGUUGUGUUGAUAUGUCUUUAUUAGAACACAUAACUCAACUGACGGAAAUGCGUUUCGACGAGGUCGGUAAGGUGAAACACCGGAAGUUCCUAGGCAAUUUACACCUGUUGAGUCUUGUUGUUCACAACACGGGGAAUCUCUUUAUUGACAAUAUCAGUCGGAUAAAAACACUCAAGAAUUUGGAGUAUGACCAGCGCGACGUGAAGUGUAUGAGCAUUUUUGGAAAGGAGUUUGUCAGACACAAAGGCGAGUUUGUCACAUACCAACAUUUUCUUCUCAGUUUGGACAACUGCAAGUUUGAAAGUGUCCACAUCAGGUUCAAACACCAGGCUGUUGACAACCCAUUUUACUAUUUUAAAAGGUAA